AUGGGUUUACAGACGAAUCCAACCUUCGCGGUUGGGAACCAUGAGGCUUUUAUGGAGUUUGCUCUCAUUCAGGCACAGAAAUCGCCGCUAGCUGCCAACAAAUUCUGCGUUGGAGCCAUACUUGUCGACGCAGCCAAGGGAAAGGUCCUAUCGACAGGAUACUCGCUUGAAUAUCCGCGAAAUUACAAGGGAGAUCCAGGCACCACACACGCAGAGCAGUGUUGUUUUAUCAAGAUUGCCGACGAGCACAACCUCUCUGAAGAACGCAUUCAUGAGGUCCUUCCGGCCAAUACGGCGCUAUACACCACCAUGGAGCCUUGCAACGAGAGACUUAGCGGCAACAUGACCUGUGUGACCAGGAUCUUGAGACUCAAGAGCGCCAUCAAGACCGUCUACGUGGGAAUCAAGGAGCCAGAGACGUUUCUCACGCACAAUGACGGGCAGGAAAGGCUAGAGGCAAAUGGUGUCAAGGUCGUGUUCCCUGUUGAACAUUGGCGUGACAGAAUCACCAAGGUCUCAAUGGCUGGGCACUGA